UAGACUCCAACAAUCGUUUACCCCUCUUUCUUCUUCUCCUAAAUUCUCCCACAAAAUUUUUUUUAUUCUCCUUCUCUCCUACCCCCAAUAUAAUGUUCCCUCCACACGACCACAAUGUUCCCUUCGCCCCACCAAAUUUUCAUUCAUUCCCCCCCCCCCCCCCCCCCCAACUUCGAUAUACCCAAUUUUCCUUCCAUUUUUUCUUUUUGACUCGCUUGAAUUGGCGUAUAAAACUAAGCAUUACGGUAGGGAAGAAUUUACUUUUAAUUCUUCUUUUUAUCUACUGCAAUGAUUUGCAAAGGAAAACAACCAUUAAAUUGUUGGUAAAUUGUUUUGAUUGUUGGUAAAUUGUUUUUCUCCCUACAUAUUCACCUUCCUUUCUUUUUUUCUGCGCAGUAAAAAGAAGGAAAAAUAAAUGUUUUAUUUUCUAUACAAUUAAAAUUAUCUAAAAAAAAUAUUUUUUUAAUCAGGCAAGUUUUUUUUCUAAAUAUUCAAAAAGUUUAAUUACUCUACCUCGUUUUUAGAUAUUUAUUUUAUCUUAGUUCCCUACAUAUACCUUAAAAUUUCAUUUUUUUUCCUCAGAAUUCCCCUACUUCCUAUAAUUUUUUUCUUGGUCGAAAAAAAUGAAAAUUUAGUUAAAAAUGCGUUGGAAAGAAAAAUGGUCACUUAAUAAUAAAUACGAAUGUUACGUGAAGACCAGUGCUAGCUAGGUAUUAGGCGCGACCAAUUAGGCACGAUCAUUAGGCGUUUUUGGCUUCGGCUCCGUUUCAAAAUCUUAGCUCUGGCCGAGUUAGUCUUCGGAGCCACUGAUAACUACUCAAAAAUACUAAAAAAAUUUAGAUUGAAUACAAACGGAUCUCAUUUCUACACACACUCAUUAAUAGAUAACACCUCAAUUUACGGUACAUUUUU